AUGAAGGCAAUCUGCACCACAACAUUCAACCUUGACGACAUCCCCGACCCUUCUACUGCCUCCUACGCCGUCCUCUCACACCAAGAACGGCCCGUGCCCAGCAGAUCUCCUUCUGCAAUACAUCGAGAUCAUUGGGACACCUCUCUCAUCCCAGAUGUCGUCACUACCGCAUGCCGGAUUGCAGCUAGAUUGGGCGCCAAACACCUAUGGGAUCGCUCCUUAUGUGUUGAUGAAUCAUCUUCCGCCGAAGUCGCUCUCUCAAUCAACGAGUCGCGCCAACGGCUCGAGAGCGCUCGGGUAACUAUCGUAUAUUUAGGUGACCUUUCUGCGCAAAGCUUAGGCUAUAAUGAAAACGACUGGGAGCUCUGUGGUUAUUGGAAGGAAGCCGCAGCAACCACCGAUUUCAUCCUCUCGAAGCGCGUGGAGAUUUAUGAUAGUCAAUGGAAUCACCGAUGCUCCAAAUCCUGUCCAGAGUUCAUCCCAUUGGCUUCAAAUAUUACAGGUAUCCCAAUCAGUGUUCUCCGAGAGCCGGCGGCCUUGGCUAAUGUCGCGGUCGGCAUUCGAAUCGCCUGGUAUGCGACCAAAUCUUCUACUCAGCCUGAAGACCUGAUUUACUCCCUGGCGCCCAUUCUCGGCGUAGAGAUGCAAAUCAUCUAUGGCGAGGGGAGAACAAGAGCAUUUUGUCGCUUGCAGGAACGAGUCUUGCAUGUCUCUCGAGAUAGCUCAAUAUUUGCUUGGAGGGCUGGUAGUAACGGCCCGGAGAUCAGAGGCAUAUUCGCCCACUCGCCAGCGGAAUUUGCCCAUUUCUUAGCAUACCAAGAUACAAACCUAGCGCCAUGGAGGUUUGACAGCAAAGUCCGCUUUACCAACAACGGAGCCGAAAUUCGAGGCCCGGUCAUCAAGCAGGGAUUGUUCACUUUUCUUGAUAUCAGAAAGCUCACUCCGGCAGACGCCAGCUCCGAGCCCCGAAUCGCCAUUAAGCUCCGUGAAUGUGAAGGAGUAUACGUACGGGUUGGCCUUACCUCGGCUCACACUCGUAUUCCAACUUCUCCUCGGAAGCAGACAAUUGAUAUCAUACGAGACGCCGAUCCAAUAACUGCCGGGAAUCUGAGAACGCAUAUCGAGAAAUUCGACCAAUUUCUGAGUACAAGGGGAUACAUAGGGAUGCCUCCUAACCACCGCCAAUCAGAAGGAGAGCCGAGCAUAGCACUUCGAUCGAAGGAGCCCACUGGGCUUAAAAGGACUAGAUCUGGAAGACCUCUGCCACCCUAUGCGAGCCGUAGGAGUCUCCCAAGGGUCUACCAGGGCUACUACAGCUCAGACUCUUCCGAGUCAGAGUCUGACGACUCAAGCACCGAUUCUGACAGUGAUUCGGAUGACGGCUCUGGAAGUGAUCGACUCAGGGCGUCAUCAGACUAUGAACCAGAGGAGGAAUAUAUCCUUGAGGAGAGCAACAAACUACAUAGCUUGCGCCCAGAUAUCCUAAACUCUGUAUUUGACAGUGUACAGAUAUGUGUUUCAACAGCCGAAUACAGGGCGCCGCCAGAUGAUAGGCUCCCGCCUCUUAAGCGCGCUCGAACAACGAACUGGAAUUCGUUGCAUGAAGACGAAGAAGCGUUCGAAGACCCUAAUAUGGUAAUCAUACCCCGCCAGCGCGGCUAUUUCCACCUCUCAUGCCCAUAUUAUCUCCGCAACCCAGAGAAAUAUCAGGCUUGCCUGCUAGGGCACGAUCUUCAAUGCAUUGAAGACGUCAUUCACCAUCUACAAGAAGACCACACCGAGCCCCCAUACUGUCCUAUUUGUCGGCAGCCUUUUGAGCGAGCCCUGGUUCGGGAUAACCACGUUCGUGCUCGGGUAUGCCAGGUGAGCCAGGGGGAGGUCGAUGGGGUCAACGAGCGCCAGAAACGGAGACUUGAGAAGAAGGAUAGGAUUCAGCUCGGAGAGACAAGAAGAUGGGCUCGCAUUUGGAAUACUGUCUUUCCCGCCUCUGGUGACGUCCCGCAACCCUACAUGACUUCGGGUUGUGAGCUGGAAAUCUCUAUUAUUCGAGACUUUUGGGAGGCAAGUGGGCUGGAUCUAGUUUCAGAGUAUAUGGGGAAGCAGGGAAUCCCGGACCAGCAUGAGCCGGAAGAGAUCGCCGCUCUCUCUAAGCUUGUCUUGCAAGAUAUACUUGACCGAGUCUUGCGAGAUCGACCAACUAGCAGUGAGACUUGA